AUGGCCUUCCAGCCUGCGCAUGCCACACAGAAUAUUGAUCCUGCUUUGCGACAGCAGAACUCGGUAAACACGUCGCCAAAGCCACGCGACACAUACCAAAAUGGCCCAACCCAAUCUUAUUCUCCUGUGCAAUCGACCAAACAGUCGCCGACCACUGCCUUUCAGGGCAUGCCACCGACACCAAGCUACUACUCUAAGCCUGUUCCCCACGAAAGUCCUGCCGACGACCAGAGCCCGAAAGGCGAUUCCAACGAUCCCAACGACCAGAAGCGAACCCGAGCCUGUGAAGCGUGUCGAGGGUUGAAGGUCAAGUGCGAAUUUGACGAAGUCAACAGCCCGGAUACCUGCAAGAGAUGCGCCAAAGCCGGUAGGCAAUGUAUAGUCACCGUCCCAAGCCGAAAGCGACAGAAGAAAACAGACAGCAGGGUGGCAGAACUGGAGAAGAAGAUUGACGCACUGACUGCAACUCUUGCAGCUCAGGGCCAUAGUGAAACAGACAUCCACCACCCCGUUGUGCAAAGUCAAUUGCCUCCUCGGCCAGUGUAUCCUGAACCAUGGCCCCACGGCCAACCAGCACCACCAACGCGUACUUCGCCCACGAACACAAUUCAUGGCGUCAAAAGGAAGCUCACAGGCGAGUUCGACUACUUCGGUGGUGAGCUACACAAAGCCCAACAAGCAGCAGCCUUCAAAUCCUCGCCAACCCCUGGGCCGUCUUACCCACCACCCUACAAUCCUGAGCCGCGCAUAAAGCAGGAGUACGAAGAUCUGUCCAAUGUGGACGUUGUGGCUUCGGGUCUUGUCGAUGUUGUCACUGCACAAAAAUGCUUCGAGAGAUAUGUCAGCGAUAUGUGCAUACAUCUCCCUAUUGUCGUUUUCCCGCCGAACACCAACUGGGAAGACGUUCGAAGACAGAAACCAAUUCUCUUCCUCGCAGUUCUCGCUGUUGCCUCUGGUACUAUCAGAAACGAUUUGCAACCGAAGCUGAUCAUGAAGGCAACGAAGAUUCUUGCCGAUCGGAUAGUAUACCGGGGCGAGAAGUCCCUGGAAAUCGUGCAAACCAUACAGUGCAUGACCACUUUCUAUCAACCACCAGAAAAAUACGAAGAGCUCAACUUCAACCAACUGAUUCACAUUGCGGCUGUCAUGGCGCUGGAUAUUGGCAUGGGAAAGCGAUUCAAGAAGGGCAGUCUCACACUCUGGCGGCCGUUCACCGACAGCAAGCGCUCAUUGCCAGAUCCCAUGAGUGCCGAGACGCGGCGUUGCUGGCUCGGUUGUUAUUUCAUGUGCUCAAAUUCCUCGAUGUCUCUCCGGCGGCCUCUUCUGGUCCGUUGGAGCAACUAUGCCGACGAGUGUGUUGAUAUACUGAGCAAUGCGGAAGAUGCAGCACCCACUGACAAGUGGCUAUGCUUCCUCGUCAGAGCUCAGCAUAUCGCAGAGGAUAUCGGGCUCGAAUUCUCUAUGGAUGACCCUGCUUCGCAGGUCUCACUCACCGAUCACAAAACACAAUAUCAUCUCAAAGCCUUCGAGCGACAACUUGAGGAGUGGGAGAGGUCUGCUACACCGAAUAUGCUCAAGCAACCGAUUAUGAAACAUGUAAAGGGUAUCAUCAACCUGUACAUGCACGAAAUCGCCAUGCAUCAUAACCACAACAUCGACGACUUCAAGCCGCCUUUCCACUCAACUCCCAUAGAUGGGCCACCUGACCCAGACUUUGUGACGCCAGCUCACAUUGAAUCCCUGACUACAUGCAUGAGAUCUGUGCAUGACGUUUUCCAUGCGUUCCUAUCCAUGGAUGUCCAGCAGUUACGCAGUCUACCAACACUGUUCUUCGUUCGCAACUCAUAUGCCGCCGUGGCCUUGAUCAAAAUGUACACGGCCGUGUCGGCGAAAGGCUCCAAGUUCGGGUCCAUUAUCAGCACUGAUGACCUGCGAGUAGACUACUACCUCGACCGUCUGAUCGACUGUCUUGCCCGUACCGCCGAGGGCGGGAUGUGUAAGGUUGCACACAAAUUCAGCAUCAUCUUCAACAUGCUAAAGCAGUGGCACACUCGCCGCACGGAUCCCAACAGCAACAGCAGCAACCCAGUCUCCCGGCAGCGCACGCCACUCAACACACAGCGGACGCCCUCGGUAUCUGCGCAGAACCCGCAGCAAUACUCGCAAGGCUCACAGCGCGACGGCACCACCACGAGCUGGCAAGCGCAGCCACACCAUAGGUCGCAACAGCCAGCGCCUCACCCACAGCAGCAGCAACAGCCUCAGCCUCCUCGCUCCGGCCUUCACAUGCUCUCCGAGGCAGCGAUGAACCCAUCCGCGCCGAUCCCAAAUUCAGGUCUCCCGCCAUCACAUCAGCCUCAACCAUCAUGGCUUCCACCAGGUGCCCCACCAAUGAAUACCAUGCCACCCGGUAUGAACCCUGGUGAGAUGCAGGACCCCAAUUUGAUGUAUGCAGGCGCCAUGGGCGCGAACAACGGCCUGGGCGAUUUCCCGGACCUGGAUCUGAACACGAUGGCAUAUGGGUUCGGCGACGAAUUCGUGGCGAUGGGUUUCGGAAUGGGUAUGGGGGAUGGAGGGUGGGCUUUCUAA